AUGUCAUCAAAAGUAAAUGAAAUCAAGAAUUGUUCAACUCAUCAACUCCAGAUAGUUGCAGUCGAUCUUAAAGCCACUAAAGAAAAACAAGAGAAAUUCUUAUGUGUCAAAUGUCUGAUAGAUAGAGUUGAUGGAAAUUAUAUAGUGUUAUUGAAAGAAGGAUUAGAAAUGAUUGAUUAAAUGAAAAAUAAAUUUAAAGAACAAACCAUAUCACAUACUCAACAACAAUAGGAAAAUAUAAAGUCACUUUAAUCCUCUGUUUUAGAGAUGAAUAAACUUUUCUCUGAUGUCUUUACAAAGCUCUAAAAUAACUUUGAUGAAAUAAUCAAUUCAAAUUAAUAAGACAUUUAGUCUAAGGAAAAAACUGUAGAGGAAAUAGAUUUAGAUUAAGAUUUUGAAACUCUAUCAAAUAUUUAUAAGGGCAACUCUGAUUUUGACAUGCCUAAACCAAAAAUUAAAAUAGAUAACUUCAAAUCAUUAAUGGAUAAUGUCUAGAGCCAAUUUCUUUCAAUGGCAAAUUCAUAAUCAUUUUCUUAAACGUUUGAAUAAAUCAAGAAAAUUAAAUCCUAAUAUCAAAAUGAAUUUUCAAUAGAAUAAGAAUUUAUAUAAAUAUAUAAGAAUGUAAGUAUAAAUUAAUAAUAUAGAAAACUCUAAGUUUAAAAUAUAAUUGUAAAAUACAUGAAUAAGAAAUAAUAAUGGUUAAUAUAAAUGAAUGUGAAAAUGAAUAAUAAAAUAGAUUUGCAUGUGUUGAAUGUAUUUAAUAAUAUCCAAAUAAAUAUAUUUCAUUAAAUGAAGCAAAUAAAAAAUGGAAUCAAUAUAAAUAAUAAUCAAAAGAAAUUAAUAAUAAUUAUUAAAAUUAAAGAUAAUCUAAAUUUAAUUAAGCUAUUUAAAUGAUAUCUUAAUUUAAAUAAUCAUAUAAUCAUUAAAUUAAUGAAAUUAUUUAAUCAUUAGAAAAAUAAUAUAAAUUAGAUGAAUCUAUUAUAAUAUUAGGAGAUAAUAAUUAAAUUAAUUUUACUAUAGAUGAAUUAGAUUAAUAAGAAAUAUUAAAAAUAUUAAAUAUUUUAAGUUAAAAAGAUUAACAUUAUAAUUUAAAAUAAUAAUAAUUAAAAUUAAACUAAGAUGAUUCUAUCUAUUUAUAAAAUUUUAUAUCAAAUUUAGAUAAUCUUAUUUAAUUAAAUAUAUUAAAUAAAAAUAAUUUAAUGAAUAUAUUUAUAGAUAAUUAAUAAUAAUUAAUAAAUAUAAAUCAUAUUUAAUUAAAUUAGAAUUAAAUAGAUUCAUAAUCAAUUAUUCAAAAAUUUACAAUUUUAGAAUAAUAUAUUAAUAUUAUUAAAGAUUCUUUUAAUUAUUAUAAGAAUUUAUAAUAAUAGAUAAAUUAAAUUGAUUUAUCAUAAUUAUUAGAAUAGUAAUAAAAAGAAUAUUAAUAAUAUUAAUCUAAUUCUAAUUUAAUGUAAAUAUUAAUUAUUGCAGAAGAUAAUUCAGAAUUAUUAAAAGCUAAUUAAUAAUAAUUAUUUAAAUUAUAUGAAUUAAAUAUCCAAUAAUAAGAAUAAUUAAAAUAAUUAAAUUAAGAAAUAGAUCAAUUGAAAAAGAAUGAAUUACAAUUAUAAAAUGAAUUAGAAUAAAAUAAAUAAUUAAAUGAUACUUUAAAUAUUAAAUUAAAUGAAUAAUAAUAAUAAUAUUAAUAAUUAUAAGAUACUAUAGAUAAUAACAUAAAAGAAUUUAAAACUAAAGAUUAAGAAUUAUAGAAUCAAUUACUUUAACAUUAAGAUUUAUUAAGAGAAUUAAAAUGUGUAUAUUAAUUUGUAUCUAUACAAUGGACAAUUGAGAAGAAUACAAUUUUAAAAGAUGAUUUUUUUAGUAAAAUUCUUAAAAAAAUAGAAGAAAAAACUAAGAAAAAAGUAAAAAACUAAUAUUUCAUUUAUUCUGGAACAAAAAAUGGAUUUAAUGGACAAUCCUUUUGGAAAUCUGUUGAUAAACUAUCAAAUUUAUUAAUGAUAUUUAAAUCUAAAAGCGGAUAUAUUUUUGGUGCAUUUUCUCCAUGUAAUUGGAUAUCAAAUUGUAGUGGUGCUUAUGUUUAAGAUAAUACAUUGUCAUCAUUAAUAUUUUCAUAGACUCAUGAUUAAAUAUAUCCUAUCAAAGAAGGAUAAAAAUAAUAUGCUUUUUAUUGUAAUAAAUCAUAUGGACCUACUUUUGGUGGUGGUCAUGAUCUUUAUAUUUAAACAGAUUUUUAAGGUGGAUACUCUAGUUUAGGACAUUCUUAUUAAUGUGAUUAAUACCAAAUAAGUAAUAAGAGUACACAUUUAUUUGGUCAAUCAACUCCAAAUAUAGUAGAAUUUGAGAUAUUGAUGUUAACAUUUUUAUGA